AUGCAAGACUGGAGGCAGCAUUUGUUAUCAUUUUUUCAGCCCCUAACGUUUCGUAGGGUGACAAACCCUAGAAAAAGCAGCGCUGAUGUUGGGGAGACCACGGCCCGGAAACGGGUGCGUGAGGUGGAGGGUGUCAGAGAGGUUGUCAGCGGGGGUGCCGUGAAGGAGCAGCUUGCUCGGGAGAUGCGGUCCAUCCCCCGGGCAGAGCUCCAUCAGCUGUUCCGGGACAUGCAGUUGGACCAAGUCCUCAUUCCAGAUGGUCAUCUCCUGGCAAUGCAAGUUGAUAUAGGGGUGAAUUACAAUCAACUCAGGAAACUGCGGAGGUGGCUUAAGAGGUAUGGGGUAACUGUGGAGUCAGAAAGGGUGUCCAGAAAGAUCAGCAAGGCUCUGUUGUCCAACAUUGACAUCCACGCAGAGUUGAUGCCACUGGCCGUUAAGACAUCACAAGGGACUAACAUUGAACUACUGCCCUGUGCGUACAUCACUAACCUAACAACAGCUGUCCAUGACAACAUCACCAGGAGUGCAAAUGCUAGGGAACUGACGUGGCAUGACGGCUAUAUUCCCGAAGACGAAGUGUGGGUUAAAGUGCUGGGAGACCAUUGAGGGGGUUCUUUCAAGAUGGCUUGUCAGACCCUCAACAAACUCCACCCCAACAGCAAGACUAACACAGUGGUAAACUGUGUCUUCAAAGCCAAAGACUACCGACAAAAUGUCCUAACAGCUACUGGACAUUUUGCCGAGGACAUCAAGACCCUACAGGUCACCACAUGGAGGUCAGCAUAACCAUUGUUUUCUGCAACAAAAGCUAUGCUAUUUCAAACCAUACAUGUAUAUUAACAACUUGUGUGCCAUGUAAGCUUAAA